AUGCCACCAAAGGACAGCAAGGUACGUCAGCUUCAAGCUGUAGCUUCAAAAAAAAACCACUGACUUUCCUCGCAAGGCCAAGCCCAACGGCAAGGUUGAGAAGACGGAGAAGAAGCCGCCCGUCACUCCCGAGAAGCCGAAGGGCAAAGUGAAGGCUGAGCAGUCGCCUGCAAAGAAGGCGACCCCAAAGGCCACCCCACGCAAGUCGCAACCUCGGUCUGUCGAGUUCAAGUCUCUUGCGACUGAUCAAGGCGGGACGAUUCCGGUCGAUGUUGGCAUCGAGGGCGUAAGCGGCCAAGCCAUUCAGAACAAAUUCGGCACUUUCGGCCAGCUAGUCAACCUCCAAGCGCCGGACAAAUUCAACGUCGUCAAGACGGUUCGUCGUCACCUCUCUCUGUUUGCAAACCAAAGAUUCCUGACAUGUGCAGUAGGUUCUUCUCGACGACGGUCCAUAUCAGGGCUACCAAGCCAUCAUCAUCAAGCCGGCUCAGCCCUUCCGCUUCCUUGAGCUUGACAAGGAGAUCCGUGCUCGCGUGUACAAAGAGUACUUCGCCUGCAAGGGCAUCAUCAACGAGCCCAUCGUCCUCGAUGGCAAGCGCAGCACGAACAAGGAGGCAUACGCCAAGUCCUACGCCGACGGCAACAAGAACCGCGUCGCUCUUCUGGCCGUUUGCAAAGAGGUGCGCCUGUCCCGCAAAGCAACAAUACUCGCAUACCUAUGGCAUGACUGACACAAACUCGCAGAUCAAGUCUGAGGCCACGGAGAUCCUCUACACCCAGACCCUGAAGUUCGACUCCACCGCCACGCUCAUGGACUUCCUCUCCUCCCUCGAGACCGAGCAGCGCGCUCGCCUCCAGGACAUCGAGAUCCGGAACUUCAACAGAGCCACGGCGCGCAACACGCUCAACCUGCUCGCGGAAGCGACCAACCUCAAGCGCGUGCACUUCGACUUCGGCGUCAGCACCGAGACGGACCCGGGCAAGGCAGCCAAGGCCUUCCACGCCGAGACCUACAAAUUCUUCAAAGUCCUCGGCGCUUCCAAGGAGGGGGGUCCGACCGCCGUCGUCGAGAUUCUGAAUUUCACCAAGAGCGCCUUCGCGCCAAAAGAGGGAAAGAACACCUGGACCGAAGAGAUGGUCGAGGAGUUCAAGGAGGCUCUGAAGAGCAAGGUCAAGUAA